AAGCGCAUGCGCAGUGCUGCCUUACGUGGCAUCAGCCGCAGUUACUGUUUCGAAGAAAAAAAGUAGUGAAAAAUCAUUUUUAUUUCUUAUUUAUAAAUUUAAUAUUAUUAAUAAUUAUUUGUGAAUAAAAGGGUUUUUAUUUCGUUAUGGUACUUUGGGAAUCGUCAACAAUGUAUGGACAGCAUUUAAUGAAUUCCUCAAUGCAACCACCACUUCCUGGAGGUCCAGGUGGUCCAGUACCUGGACGACCACCUCAAGAUAUGUCCUCACCAUCAAUGAUGGGUCAAUCCCAAUAUAAUGGACCUCCAAUGGCAACGAAACAAAAUCUUCCCGGUCCACCAUUAUCUGGACAACAAAAUUUGUCCACAACUGGACAAACAAUGGGCCCGCCAUUACCCGCAAUGAAUUCAUCGAUACAAUCACCAAUUUCCGGUGGUCCACACGAUUUAUCAGGUCCCUCAAUGAUGGCUCAAUCGCAAUAUACCGGACCACCAAUGGCGGUAAAGCAAAAUAAUCCCCUUUCCGGUUCUCAAUUACCAGGACAACAUAAUUUAUCUCAAUCUCUAUCCGGUCCCGGACAACAAACAAAUUCUCCUUCCGGUCCUCCUUUACCCGGACAACAAAAUUCUCAUUCUGGAGCUGGUCCUCCACAUAAUUCCGGUCCACCUUUACCCGGACAGCAAAACUCGUAUCCCACUUCUCAAAUUACCUCCGGUCCUCCUUUACCCGGACAACAAAAUUCUCAUCCUGUAGCUGGUCCUCCACAUACUUCCGGUCCACCUUUACCCGGACAGCAAAACUCGUUUCCUGCUUCUCAAAUUACCUCCGGUCCUCCUUUACCUGGGCAGCAAAAUUCUCAUCCCGGACAAAAUUCCGGACAAGGGAAUUUAACAGGACCUCCAAUGGCGGGACAGCAAAAUUGGCCAGGUGCAAUUUCGGGACAGCAGAGUCAUUCGGGUCCGAUAGGCGGUCCUCCAAUGCCGGGGCAACAAAACCAUUUGGGUUCAAUGGUAGCGCCUCCUUUAUCGGGUCAGCAAAAUCAUUCGGGUCCAAUGGGAGCUCCUCCGUUACAACAAAAUCGUUCGGUAUCAAGUUCUCCAAUGCCGGGACAACAAAAUCAUUCCGGUCCUAGUGGAGGUCCUCCAAUGCCGGGACAACAAAAUCAUUCAGCUCCCCCAAUGCCAGGUCAAAAUCAUUCGGGACCAUUGUCAAGUUCCCCUAUGCCUGGACAACAAUCUCAUUCGGGUCCAAUGAGAAGUUCUCCAAUGUCUGGUCCUUCGAUGUCGGGACAACAAAGUCAUUCAGCUCCAAUGUCUGGACCUCCAAUGCCUCCAGGUUCAAUGGGAGCUCCUCCACUAUCAGCUCAACAAAAUCAUUCGGGUCCCAUUGGCGGUCCUCCGCUAUCGGCACUACAAAAUCAUUCAAAUCCUCCAAUGCCCGGACAACAAAAUCAUUUGGGUUCAAUGCCAGGUCAAUCUGGUCCAAUUGGAGGCCCACCACUACCGGGACAACAGAAUUUCUCUGCUCCAAUGGCUGGUGGUCCUCCAAUGUCAGGACAACAGAAUUUCUCCGGUCCAAUGGGAGGUCCUCCAAUGCCGGGGCAAAAUUUAUCCGGCCCUCCAUUGUCAUCGGGUCAUGGUUCGAUGCACUAUCCAGGACAACGAGGUCUCGCUGGUCAACAAUCGUUGCCAAGUAUGCAACCCCAUUUGGCGAGUAGUCAACCACCGGGUAUGAAUCAGUAUGGACCAAAAACUGGGUAUAUGCCGGGUCAACCUGGUGGUGUGGUUCGUCAGCAGGAGCCACCAAUGCCGGGCUAUCAACAAAAUUAUCAACAGCAGGGGUAUCAAAAUGUGCCCGACAUGUACGCUAGCCAAAGGAGUCCAUAUCAAGGUGGAUAUCAACAGGGACAACAACAACAACAGCAGCAGCAACAACAACAACAGCAAGCUAGAAGACUAGAUCCCGAUCACAUGCCAAGUCCCAUACAAGUAAUCCAAGACGAUAGACGUUCACGAAGCGGUGAUUUUAUCACCAAUCAAAAAGGAUUAGUUCCUCCUCUAGUGACCACUAAAUUUACCGUACAAGAUCAGGGUAACGCAUCGCCUAGAUAUGUGCGUUCAACAAUGUACACUGUACCAACGACAACGGAUAUUAUGAAGCAGACAAGUGUUCCAUUUAGUUUGAUACUAAGUCCAAUGGCACGUGUCGAAGAUGGUGAAUAUGAACCACCAGUUGUCGAUAUGGGAGAAAUUGGUCCAGUACGUUGUGUUCGUUGUAAAGCGUACAUGAGUCCAUUUAUGCAAUUCAUUGAUUCGGGUAGACGAUUUCAAUGUAUGUUCUGUAAAGCAACAACUGAAGUACCAGCUGAAUAUUUUCAACAUUUAGAUCACACUGGUCAACGAAUGGAUAGAUAUGAACGUCCUGAAUUAAUGCUUGGUACUUAUGAAUUUAUUGCAACUAAAGAUUAUUGUCCGGAGAAUAAAUUUCCCAAUCCACCGGCAAUGAUAUUUAUCAUUGAUGUCACAUACAAUACAAUAAAAUCGGGUUUAGUAAAUUUAAUAUGCGCUGAGAUGAAGAAUAUUAUACAUAAUUUGCCAAUUGAUGUUGGACAAACGAGAACAAAUAUGAAAAUUGGAUUUAUUACCUACAAUAAUACGGUGCAUUUUUAUAAUAUUAAAUCGUGUCUUGCACAACCGCAAAUGAUGGUUGUUGGCGAUGUACAGGAUGUUUUUAUGCCAUUGCUGGAUGGUUUUCUAUGCGAUGCUGAAGAAAGUUUAGAAGUUAUUAACAGUCUAAUGAGCCAAAUACCAAUGAUGUUUGCCGAUACACGUGAAACGGAGACAAUACUCGCGCCAGCAAUUCAGGCAGGAUUGGAAGCAUUAAAAGCAUCGGAGUGUGCUGGUAAAUUAUUGGUGUUUCAUUCGUCACUACCAAUUGCUGAGGCGCCGGGAAAAUUGAAAAAUAGAGAUGAUAGAAAAUUACUUGGCACUGAAAAGGAGAAAACUGUUCUUGCACCACAGAAUAAUGUUUACAAUACACUUGGUCAGGAUUGUGUUACAGCUGGUUGUAGUGUUGAUCUUUUUAUUUUUAAUAAUUCCUAUAUUGAUAUUGCAACAAUUGGACAAGUUUGUCGUCUAACUGGUGGUGAGGUUUAUAAAUAUACUUAUUUUCAAGCUGACAUUGAUGGCGAUAGAUUAAUUGCUGAUGUUAUUAAUAAUAUCAGUAGACCAAUUGCCUUUAAUUCUGUGAUGAGAGUUAGAACGUCCACUGGUGUAAGGCCAACGGAUUUUUAUGGUCAUUUUUACAUGUCAAAUACAACGGAUAUGGAAUUGGCGAGUAUUGAUUGUGAUAAGGCAGUGGCAAUUGAAAUUAAACAUGACGAUAAACUUGCCGAGGAAGAGGGUGUUUAUGUACAGGCAGCACUACUUUAUACUUCAUGCGGUGGUGUUAGAAGAUUGAGAAUUAUUAAUAUCAGCUUAAAAACAUCAUCACAAAUGGCUGAACUUUAUCGAGCUUGCGAUCUUGACGCUAUUAUUAAUUUCUUCUCGAAACAAGGUGUUUUUAAAUUAUUAGAACACUCGCCAAAGGCAGUGAAGGAAAAUCUCAUUUCGAGAUGUGCAAAUAUGUUGGCAGCUUAUAGGAAAAAUUGUGCGGCUCCAAGUAGCGCUGGACAAUUAAUUCUCCCUGAAUGCAUGAAACUUUUGCCUCUCUAUGUCAAUUGUUUAAUGAAAAGCGAUGCAAUUUGUGGUGGUGCGGACAUGACGAUCGACGACAGAUCAUAUGUGAUGCAGGCUGUUUCCAUAAUGCCGGUCUAUACGUCAGUCAAUUAUUUUUAUCCCCGAAUGCUUCCACUACACAAUUUGGAUCCACAGGAAAAAGAUUUACCUCAAAUGUUGCGGUGUUCAGUCGAUAAAAUUACGGACGACGGAUGCUAUUUACUUGAAAAUGGAAUUCACAUGUUUUUGUGGCUUGGAUUGGGACUUAAUUCCCAAUGGGUACAAGGAGUAUUUGGAGUUCCAUCUGUCGUUCAAAUUGAUACGGAUCGUACGAAAAUUCCUGUUCUUGACACUCCGCUCAAUAAACGAGUCAAUGAAAUAAUCAAUUGUGUUCGCGCUGAUCGACAUCAUUGUAUGCGGUUAACGAUGGUGAGACAGAGAGACAAAUUAGAAAUGGUGUUUCGUCAUUUCCUCGUCGAGGAUAAAGGAACAGAUGGAAGUGCAAGUUACGUUGAUUUUCUCUGCCAUAUGCACAAAGAAAUACGUGCACUCCUUAGCUAAUGAAUCAAUUAAUAAAUUAAUAUUAAAAAUUUCAAAAAAUAAAAUAAAUUCAAUCGAAUUGUCUAAUAAAAAUAAUAAUAACAAUUAUAAUCGAAGGAAAGAGAACGAGCGAGAGAGAGAGAAGAUUGCAUUAAAGAGAAAAUUACAAAAUAAAAUAUAUCCCAUUCACGUGAUGAAAGUGAAAAUUGUAGUUUUUAAUAUAAGGAAAGUAUAUCUAACUAAUAAAUUACAAGAGAUGAAAAAUGGCUUUGUAGAAAUAAAUAAAAAAAAAUGAUUUUUAUGCCUUGCAUAAAAAUUUUACAAUGAACAUUAAAAAAUGAUAAAUAAAGUGCGAAGAAGAUAAAAGUGCGCACAUUCAGUGAUUUCUAUAAAACAAAAAAAAAACAAAAAAAUGAAAUAACAACUGUGAAACGUAAAAAUUGUAUUAUUGAAUAUUUUAUUUAGUCCAUAAUAUAUAUAUAUAUAUAUAUAUAUAUAUAUAUAUAUAUAUAUAUAUAUAUAUAAAUAGAAUAUGCAAAUUGAUAAUUUAAAAAUUACAGUUUUAUUUGAAAAGGAAAAGUAAUUUUUUAAUUUUACAAAUUAUUCUAUGUCCAAUCAAUCAAUGUGCAAAUUUUUAUUCGAAAUUAGAGACAUUUUAAAAUGGAAUUACGUUUUUAUGUAAAUAUACUCGAGUGGUAAAAAAAAACCAAGCAGUUAAAAUAUUUCGUUAUGUCACUUUUUAAAUAAAAAUGUAUAGACAUU